CCGGAACGGAAUUUCAUCAUUUUUUUCUUGGUUCCAUAUGUGGUGAUUACUCCCCAUUGCGAAGUUUCACUGGGAGAAAUUUCACGUGAUACGUUCGAUUGAUCGGACGAAAUGCUGAUGCAAUAUAUAAAGAUUUAUAGGGACAAGAACAUAACCAUCUUGAAUGACUCGUUCCAGACUUUUAGCUUUGAUGAUUCCGCAAUUAUAAGCAUUUUCCGUCCGUACGUCUAUCUCCGUAACAAAGAAACUAAAUAUUUUAAACUCUGUUGUUACACAUUCGAUCGACCAGGCUGAACGGCAGCCAGGGCGCACAAGGCUCAGGCAAGAAUCAGGGUCCGAAUGGUGCGGGAUCGGGCGGUCAAAGUGAGCAAGAUUGACGCUAUGACUCGUAAUAUAGGUCUCUGUGACAUGCUGCAAUGGGUCUCUAGCAAUUCCGGAUUGCACAUCGCUUUCAUGCGUUCUUGUUUUACGUGUUUUUAGUUUAACUAUUGUUAUGGUUGAAUUUUUUUACGGCACCUUUUUGUAACUUGUUCUUUUAUACACGUUGCUUGGCACAAUACACUCGUUCUCUUUCUCGGACACUGAACAGUCACACGAACUUGUGAAACGGCUUUUUUCGAGAGCAAUCAUCUCGUAGCGGGAAUAGGCUAAGAUUAUUAAGCAAAAUCUUGUCGCUCAUGAUUAAAAGGUAGAAGGAAAAAGCUUAAUAAAAGCCUUGGAAUAAAGGUCGCAUGUAGAAAACAAAUUGAAAAAGGCGAGAAAUAUUCAUUGAGUAAAGAUACUUUUGAUAACAUAAAUUUGAUUUCGCAAAUGCUUCUAUAUAGGACUGUAAGCCAUAUGGAACAAGAUAAAACAGAUACACGAGGCUCAGCGGGCAUUUGCAGACAGACAUUUGCCGAAAAACUGGCAAUACGCAUUUUCAAAAUUUAAAUAGUGUCAAAUACACUUCGAUAGAUAGGCUAUAUAACGGCACAAAAAUGUUCGUUUCAAGCGCUGAAUUUUCUGAAAAAAUGUAUACAUAUUCAUAAAUAUGUAAAAAUAAUGAAUAUAUUUAGGAAUUAGUGCUACUUUGAGAGAAGGGAAAUAUGCAUUUCUAAUCAAACCGCUUCUUCAACAUCAACUUAAUAAUUUGAUUCACCGUGUAAUCACGGUCUUAUCAAUUACGUUAACAGAAAAUAGUUAAAAACAAAAGUUGUUAAUACAGAAAAAUACAAUAAUCACAGUGAUAAUAUAAGGUAUGUUCCAGCAGAAAAGAACAAACGGACAUAUAUAAAUAAAAAAUAUUGAUGAUUCCAGAUAAUAUUACGAUUUUUCAAUGAGAUGCUGUGAGCAAAAGAAUGUCUCUUACAGUCACUACAUCAAACAAAACGGUACUUGCCUUUUUCCCAGAAGUAAAUUUACUUGUAAGUACUUGUCCUUACUUGCCAAGUACUUUCAGAAAGUACUUCUUAGCAAUAAGGCAAGUAUUUCGAUCAUUGACAAGUACUUGGCAGAUAAUCAAGUACUUGCAACAAGUACCUUCAAAGAGUCUAUAGACUCUUUGAACUAUAUACCAGUAAAAAAAUAUGUCAGUUCAGACCAACUAUACCGGAGAAAUAAGGUAUUUUUCGAACUCAAACGAUGUUUCCGGUGGCUGUCUUCAGCAUAAUCGGAUCGCUAAAGUUAGCCAAGGUCCAGUUUCACUCAAAAUUAUACCAGAAUCACCAGAAUCACAUGUCAUGCAUCUAUGGUGGAUGCGAUUUUUCUUCUAGACUUAGAUACACGUUUUCUGAAGAAACGUCGUUAUUUUGCGGUAUUUUCCAUUUUUCUCGGUUAAGAAACGUUUUAUUAGGGAAAUAAUGUGAUAUUCGGGAUCAGCCUGAAAAACUACAUCGAGUGAUGUAUAAUUUGUUAGUUUUAAAACUAAACAUUUUCUGACAAAAAUAUAGAGCAAGUGUCCGCCAAAGACAUUUUUUAUCCAAUAAAGAUUUUUUUUCAAAUUCGACCUUUUUUCCUUGUAUUAAUAUCUGACGUAUAAUAAGACUACACUAUGCGAAAAUAAUCAUUUUCUAACUCAAGAAAUCAGAUGUCCGCCCGGUCUACAGAAAAAUUUCGACGAGUCUCUCUCUAUCCAACCUACGUGCUGCAGCACGGUUCCGAUUGGUGGGCGAUAUGUCAAAGUUUGUGGUUACAUUGUCACAGCUUUGUCCGCAUAGAAAACUAACGGGAUGAAGGCAGAAAAAAGUCAUGCACAAAAACAUCGGCAGACAUACUACCAAAUAGUAUAUAUAAACACGACCAAUAUGCAGAAGAUAAGAUGAAAGAACACAAACAAUAUCCUCACCUGAAAAGCUACAGAACGAAAAAUGAUGAAAAGCACCACCAUGGCCGCACUCGUCGUCGCUUCACUAGUAACUACAAUCCGCACAACGACUAUCUUUGUUUUAUCAUUUCUAUGAUUUAGGUACUCGUGUGCUACGUGACCAGUGCACCAAUCAAUAAAAACGCGGGCAAGAAGCAGGGUGGACAAGGCUCAAACAGCACUCACGGUGAUCAAGGCUCAGGCAAGAAUCAGGGCGAACAAGGCUCAAAUAACAAUCAAGGUGGACAAGGCUCGGGCAAUAAUCAGGGUGGACACGGCUCUGGCAAGGAUCAGGGUGGACAAGGCUCAAACAGCACCCACGGUGGUCAAGGCUCAGGCAAGGAUCAGGGUGGACAAGGAUCUAAUAGCAAUCAAGGCGGGCAAGGCAACCAGGGCGGACAGGGCUCGAGCAAUAAUCAGGGUGGUCAAGGCUCUGGCACGAAUCGGGGUGGACAAGGGUCUAAUAGCAAUCAAGGUGGACAAGGCAACCAGGGCGGACAGGGCUCUGGCAAUAAUCAGGGUGGUCAAGGCUCUGGCACGAAUCAGGGUGGACACGGCUCAAACAACAAUCAAGGUGGACAAGGCUCAAACAGCAGCCAGGGCGCACAAGGCUCAGGCAAGAAUCAGGGUCCGAAUGGUGCGGGAUCGGGCGGUCAAAGUGAGCAAGAUUGA